AUGCGUUCAUCAGCAACUCUCCUCCGUCUUUUCCGCACCUCAAGCGGACAUCUCCCCCGAGCUCGAAAUAUCUCCAAAGCUCCAUCUCCAUUCAAUGCAUACAGACCAUUACCACUGUCAUCAAGAGCCGGCUCACUAUACGCAUAUAAUUCCCGAAGAUACAACUCCAGCUCCUCAGACGCAGCGGAUAUAAAUCCACGACCACUGACCGACCGUGUCCCCAAUGCAUCCGUCGACGCAGCUAACGCCGAGCAAAACGCCGCACGACGAGCUGAGGAACCAGCUUAUCGUAUCGUAUUCACUUGCAAACCCUGUGGUGAGCGGUCAGAUCAUCAGAUGUCCAAGCAUGGAUACCACAAGGGCACGGUUUUGAUUACGUGUCCCUCAUGCCAUGCCCGUCACAUCAUUAGUGACCAUCUUGGUAUCUUUAUGGAUGAGAAGAGUUCGCUGGAGGAUAUUCUGGGUACGAAGGGGAUGAAAGUUACGAAAGGUGUUCUGAAUGAUGAUUUGGAGAUUUGGGAGGAUGGGUCUGUGUACAAGGCUGGGUCGAAUAAGGAGGGCGUUGAUAUCAGCUCGGAUGUCAGCCCUAAAGAGACACCUUGA